AUUCUCCAAAGUCAUCUUUUCCCUUCAACUACUGUCCAAUCUCUCGCGGUACCGGAUAAUACCUUUAACGAUUUAUGUUGGCAAUGGUUUCCAAUCGACAGGAUAAAUGCGUAUGAAGAAGAUAGCGAAUUUUGGAUCUUGAAACAAGAAUCGGAUAAAGAUCCAGAAAUUACUUAA